GGAGGAUGAGGGGACUGUGUUUACUUUUGUCCUCUGUGCCUGCUCUGCCAGACUGGCUGGGAAACGACAGCAAAGGGGAGGAGGAAGGAGGAAGACCCUGUCUGGACGAGCAAGAGGCAACAGGCUGAUUCUGAAUGGUGAUGAGGGUGUGGUCGUGGGAACAGUGCGGGGAGACGGGCGUGGUCCUGCUGGGUUUCCUGACGCUGGCAAUGUCUGUGGGGAACCUGUCCACCAGGGGCCUGCAGGUGCACCACACACAGGAGGACGGCGUGGCGUCCAACAGUCUUGAGGAGGAGCUGGAGGUGACCACGUACUGGUGGGGGGAGUGGGCCAAGUGGACAGCCUGCACUCGUGCCUGUGGAGGGGGAGUGAUGUCACAGGAGAGACACUGCCUCAAACAGCGAAAGAAAGUUGCUGCAGGGAAAGACAACAUGACCUGCACAGGAACUGCUAAGAAAUAUCAUCUCUGCAACACUAAAGAAUGUCCUGCCACUGGGAGGAGCUUCAGAGAGGAGCAGUGCUGGUCCUUCAACUCACAGCUUUACAAUGGGAGGAACUACCAGUGGAAACCUCUGUAUCCUGAUGACUACGUUCACAUCUCCAGUAACCCCUGCGACCUCCACUGCACCACGACCGAUGGCCAGAGGCAGCUGAUGGUGACGGCACGAGACGGCACUUCAUGCAAGUACAGCAGUUACCGCGGCGUCUGUGUGGACGGUAAGUGUGAGCCAAUCGGAUGUGACGGAGUACUGUUUUCCUCGAACACCUUGGAUAAGUGUGGAGUCUGUCAGGGGGACGGCAGCAGCUGCAGCAGAGUCACUGGAAACUUCCGCCGUGGGGCCACGACUCUGGGUUACUCUUUUAUCACUCAAAUCCCUGAAGGAUCAUGGGACAUCCAGAUCAUUGAGAGGAAGAAGUCGGCCGAUGUUCUAGCUGUGACCGACCAGGCGGGCAACUUCUUCUUUAAUGGCGGCUACAAGGUGGACACUCCUCAGAACUUUCACGCAGCAGGUGCCGUCUUCAAGUACCGCCGGCCCAUGGAUGUUUAUGAGACCGGGAUCGAGUACAUUGUCGCCAAAGGCCCCAUCGACCAGGCCAUCAAUAUUCUGGUGUGGAACCAGAACGGUCGCACACCGUACAUCACAUACGAAUACACCGUCCUCCGAGACUCCCUGCCACCCGUCCCACCUCCUCCCGUCUACACCGGGUCAGACACCUCAGCCGGAGAGGUUUCUGUUGAGGUAGGGGGGCCGAUGGCCCCUAACAGCAGUAUUUAUGACCAGGCGGCCCCUGAGAGCCAGUUGGAGCCGGGAGAUGGGCAGAAAGGCCAAGAGACCAACGAGGUGUAUGAGGAGACAGCGGCCAUCGACUGCGACCAGGACGGAGCAGCUGCCCCAAAAUUUACAGAGGGAAACAGCAGCCAUGCAGGCAGCACUGCCAACCCUGCCUCUGCUGGUGGACCCCUGGAUACAGGACCAGACUCCCCAAACCUCAUUUGGAGGGUCCUGCUGGAUGCGAGUAUUGGCCCUGAUGAGCUGCUCAUCAACAUCUCAACCAAUCAGCUUCUGACAGGGGGAGACAGUUUGUUCCCGUCCAGAUGUGGGACCAGCGGAAGGACCCUAAGCAGCCUAGAGCAAGGCGGGCUGAUGGGUAUCAGCGAGGCGCUGGAGGAGUUUUACUCUGGAGUGCAUAACUUGACAACGAAAAGGGACAGUUCCUUCCAGAACAAAACAGUGCAGAGGCUGGGAGGACCUCCAGCACACUCCAACAGAACCAAGGUGUCAAAGUCCUUCCUUCACAUGUAUUACGAUUCUCCGGCCGUAGGGUGCCGAUAUAUACUGUGGCGCUCUGACCAGACGGGCCGAUGGGAGGCUGAGCAGCUGGGCCGAAUGCUUUCGAGGACCUGCAGAGGGAGGGUUUCCAGUUUAGCCAAGUUGCGGCUGCUGGAAGAUGCUCUCGCCCGGGCCUGGACCAGCUCGGUCUACAGCGAUGUCUGCACCAUGGCCGACCUGGAGAGACCGUGGAGAGACGACCCUGCAAGAGCCCGCCUCGGCCCACAGUGGGAGGUGGCAGAGUGGACACAAAGCCCAGGUGACCGAGAUGUCCGCUGCUCUGAUGAGACCCAACCCUGCGACCAGAUGACCAAACCCCCAACGUCAAAAACUGCACCCGGUCCGUACGCCACCUGGUGGACUGUGUCAGAGUGGGGGACCUUGCCUAAGAGCGUGUGGUGUGGGUGUGAGGAUGAGGGGCGUCAGGGUGUUACCAGGGUGGGGCUGUCGGGCUGUGACCCCCUCACUAAAGCGGUGGCCACCUCCACUCUGCACCCCUGCUACCUAGGCGUAGAUGACUACGUUCACAUCUCCAGUAACCCCUGCGACCUCCACUGCACCACGACCGAUGGCCAGAGGCAGCUGAUGGUGACGGCACGAGACGGCACUUCAUGCAAGUACAGCAGUUACCGCGGCGUCUGUGUGGACGGUAAGUGUGAGCCAAUCGGAUGUGACGGAGUACUGUUUUCCUCGAACACCUUGGAUAAGUGUGGAGUCUGUCAGGGGGACGGCAGCAGCUGCAGCAGAGUCACUGGAAACUUCCGCCGUGGGGCCACGACUCUGGCUGUGACCGACCAGGCGGGCAACUUCUUCUUUAAUGGCGGCUACAAGGUGGACACUCCUCAGAACUUUCACGCAGCAGGUGCCGCUUCUGGUACCGCCCGGCCCAUGGAUGUUUAUGAGACCGGAUCGAGUACAUUGUCGCCAAAGGCCCCAUCGAACCGGGCCAUCAAUAUUCUGAACACCGAUACCUCCCGAGACUCCCUGCCACCCGUCCCACCUCCUCCCGUCUACACCGGGUCAGACACCUCAGCCGGAGAGGUUUCUGUUGAGGUAGGGGGGCCGAUGGCCCCUAACAGCAGUAUUUAUGACCAGGCGGCCCCUGAGAGCCAGUUGGAGCCGGGAGAUGGGCAGAAAGGCCAAGAGACCAACGAGGUGUAUGAGGAGACAGCGGCCAUCGACUGCGACCAGGACGGAGCAGCUGCCCCAAAAUUUACAGAAGGAAACAGCAGCCAUGCAGGCAGCACUGCCAACCCUGCCUCUGCUGGUGGACCCCUGGAUACAGGACCAGACUCCCCAAACCUCAUUUGGAGGGUCCUGCUGGAUGGCCGAAUUGGCCCUGAUGAGCUGCUCAUCAACAUCUCAACCAAUCAGCUUCUGACAGAGGGAGACAGUUUGUUCCCGUCAGAUGUGGGACCAGCGGAGGCGGACCUAAGCAGCCUAGAGCAAGACGGGCUGAUGGGUAUCAACGAGACGCUGGAGUUUACUCUGGGUCGCAAACGCAACGACAGCGGGGACAGUUCCUUCCAGAACAAAACAGUGCAGAGCGCUGGGAGGACCUCCAGCCGCUCCAACAGAACCAGGGGGAAUCAAAGGAUCUACCAGAAGAACCUGAAGCUGAGUGCAGCUGACAUGUAUCGCUGGAAACUUUCAUCUCAGGAGCCAUGCAGCAUGACUUGCUCUAUAGGAGUGUCAAAGUCCUUCGUCACAUGUAUUCGUUACGACGGCGUCGAGGUGCACGAUAUGUACUGUGACGCUCUGACCAGACCGGAGCCGGUCCACGACUUCUGUAUUGGGAGAGAAUGUCAGCCCAGAUGGGAGGCGAGCAGCUGGAGCGAAUGCUCGAGGACCUGCGGGGAGGGUUUCCAGUUUCGCCAAGUUCGCUGCUGGAAGAUGCUCUCGCCGGGCCUGGACAGCUCGGUCUACAGCGAUGUCUGCACCAUGGCCGACCUGGAGAGACCCGUGGAGAGACGACCCUGCAAGAGCCCCGCCUGCGGCCCACAGUGGGAGGUGGCAGAGUGGACCGAGUGUCCUGCUAAAUGUGGCAGCAAAGCCCAGGUGACCCGAGAUGUCCGCUGCUCUGAUGAGACCCAACCCUGCGACCAGAUGACCAAACCCCCAAACGUCAAAAACUGCACCGGUCCGCCCUGCGAACGCCAGUGGACUGUGUCAGAGUGGGGGCCUUGCUCGGGGUCGUGCGGCCAGGGGAAGACGGUCCGUCACGUGUACUGUAAGGCUGCGGAGGGUCGCGUGGUUCCUGAGAACCAGUGCUCUACGGAGGACAAGCCGCUGGCCAUCCAUCCCUGUGGGGAGAGAGACUGUGCCCCACACUGGCUGAGCCAAGACUGGGAGAGGUGUAACACAACCUGCGGUCGUGGCGUGAAGCGAAGGCUCGUCCUGUGCGUGGGCAUCAGUGGAGGACAGUUCCAGACCUUCGAUGAUGAGGAGUGUGGAGGCAGCGAGAAGCCCGAGGAGGAAAACACCUGCUUUGAGAGGCCGUGCUUCAAAUGGUACACCACCCCCUGGUCUGAGUGCACUAAGACGUGUGGUGUGGGUGUGAGGAUGAGGGACGUCAAGUGUUACCAGAACAGGGAGCUGGUCCGGGGCUGUGACCCCCUCACCAAACCGGUGGCCAAACAGACCUGCACUCUGCAGCCCUGCCCCACUGAGCCGCCAGAUGAGAGCUGCCAGGAUCGUCCCUCCACCAACUGCCUGCUGGCUCUGAAGGUGAACCUGUGCAGCCACUGGUACUACAGCAAGGCCUGCUGCCACUCCUGCCGCGCCCUACGGCCCCCAACCUCCUAGUCCAGGACACCACUGCCUCUCCGCACCCCCGACUCAAACUGGCAUGAGGAAACAAAUGGGUACGUUUAUGUACACGUGGUACUGCAGUUACUGUGAACAAUGGGAGGAAAGUCCAGAGCUUCCUCCGAUUACUUGGAUUGACAUGGGUUCAUUUGUCAGUUGGAUAGUUUAAAUGAUCUAAAAUGAAAUCUUGAUGUCAGACAAAAACAUGUUGUCAAUCCUGUUGAUGCUGCAUCAACUGCAAUGUUCACACAUAAAACAAAACAGGUUCAUCAUUGUCUUCAUUCACACAGAACGUGUCUGUUUUAUUUGGAAUAAAUAGAGAAUCAAUUGGUCAAAAAGAGGGAAGCUGUUUUUAAUUUUGAAGGGAACGUCUCCCCCAGCUUUACGGAAAGAAUUGUUUUUUCUUGUCCCGAGAAAUGUUUUUUUCUGACCAUCUCCAAUUUUAUGUCAAGAUCUCAAUGUAACGUCAUUAACUUACGGAAGAAAAAGUAAAUGAAGGAAGAUGGGGGGGACGGACUUUAUAUUCGGGGAAUAAAUGGGCAUGAUGGGAAUUUUUGCAGCCAAAGCAGGACCUAUAUUUACAAAAUAGUUAUUGAAUUUUUUGGCAAUCUCAGUGGGAUCCUCUAUGGUUUUUAUUAUUAAUAUUAAACUUAUUUUGGAUCAGUUGUUUCAGUUGUUUUAUUAUUGGUAUUCCAUGUGCUUCUAAUACCAUUUUUGUAUCAAUUAACUGACAGAACAGACAGUUAAUGUUCCUCAUCAUCCUCACCAUUCUUAUUAUCAUUAUACUGUAUCUCAACCAGAAAGCCAGUUUUAUAUCAGCUGUUGUUCUGGUAGAAAAUCUUCCUCUAACAACACGUGUCAGCAAGAGUCAGAAACAAAAUGGAGUCAACACUCAAACGGUCUCACGGACCUCCAUCACCAGUCAGCAGCUCCAUCUUGUUGUGUCCAUCGUUGCGAUGAAAAGAUCGAUUAAAUUAUUUCUCGACGGAAUAUACUGCAUGACUAGAAUAUUUAAUACAGAUACUGUUUAUGGAAUAUUAUUUAAUUGUGUUUCAGUUUGGUGUCUGGCAUGUAAAAAGUAUAGAUUUCCAUUCCACCCCCCCUCCCCACCCCCCUGCCUGCCCGCUUGGCGCUGUGCCGGUACGCCUGCAGGAUAUGGAAGCAUAUUUAUUAGUCAUAGCACAUUUUCAUUUAUCGUGACGCUCCUGAUGCCAGCCGAUGGUUAUUCCUCGGGUCAACUGAUGCCAGUUCUGGUCUGUGUGUGUGUGUGUGACAGAGGAGAGUUAAUACAAACACAGAAGAUUCCUGACACUUGAAGUAUGGUUGAAAUGUAUUCAGACGUGUACAUGUAUGUGUCAUUUUUAACUUUUGUGUACUGUGUUUUUAUAUAACUGAUACCUCUUUGUACAAAACGAAAGUAUGGACAUUGUGUACUGUUGAUAAUAAACUAAAAACCUAAUGGUACUGACUUGUAUUUCAAUUAAAUAACAAUUCAAAUGAA